CGACUCCCGUCCAUGCUCAUAAAUCAAUAAAUAUCCUAUUCACGGUCGUUAGAGUUGAACAACACCACCAUGGCCGCGAAUGCUCCUGUACCUGUGUAUACAUCUCUGGACCAAAUCUUUCCGGACCGUGGCAUUCUGCCAGCACAAGGAGCACGGUACAAUGCCCUCGCUGAGGAGUUUGAAAGUCAUUUCGGCAAGAGGCCGACGUACAUUGUUAGGGCACCUGGACGCGUAAAUCUGAUAGGCGAUCAUAUCGACUACUGCCUAUUCGGAGUCCUUCCAGCAGCCAUCGAGAGCGACAUCCUCAUGGCCGUCGGUCCUCGAGACGUAGAUGACGCAGGCCGAGUUACCGUACAAAAUAAGGAUAGCAAAUAUACAAGACAGACAUUUGCGCCCGUGCGAGUUGCUGGAGGAGACUGGUCUUUGGAUAUCGACAAGACGCAGUUGAGGUGGGAGAGCUAUGUUAAGGCGGGGUAUUAUGGUGUACUAGAGAAGUUCUUUAAGAACAACGAUGAAGUUCCUCGACCGCUUGACUUAUUGGUCACUGGUUCUGUGCCCUCUGGAUCGGGGUUGUCUUCAAGUGCGGCGAUGGUCGUUGCUUCUACGCUUAGCUUCCUAGCCAUAAACGACAAGCUUGAAGGCCUCUCAAAGGGUGAUGUCGUAGAAAUGACAAUAAAGAAUGAGACGAGAGUAGGUGUAAACAGUGGAGGAAUGGACCAAUCCGCAUCCGUAAUCUCUUCCGCCGAAGCAGCCCUCUACAUCUCCUUCCAUCCCAAACUCUCCGCCGAACCAAUCCCACUCCCAAUAACUUCCCCACGCUCCGUCUUCGUCUGUGCAAACUCUCUCGUCGUCUCAGACAAAGUCGUCCACUCACGUACACGUUACAACCUCCGCGCUUUCGAGAGCCUCGUCGCCGCCCGCGUGCUCGCGCACCAACUCAACAUUCCAAUUGGUAAAACGGAGAAAUUGACGUUGCGGGAGUUCUUGGAUCGUUGGAUGGGUAUGAAAGAGGGUGAGGAGGUUGGUUUAGAGAAGUUGAUGAAGGGACUCGAGAAGAUUGAAGAGAAGUUAGGUGUUUUGAAGCUUGUGGAGAGUGAUGGGAGUGAUGGGACGGAGGUUGGUGUCAAGCUCCAUGAGAUGGUUAAGUUAUCUGGGUUGAGUGGGGAUGAGUUCCAUGAUGUUUAUUUGUCUUGGGUAAAUAUUGAAGCAGAGUAUUUCCAACUCUACAAACGCGCUAAACACGUAUUCUCCGAGUCCCUACGGGUCCUACAGUUCCGUGAAGUCUGUCUUCGCGCAAAAGAUUCUUCCUCUUCCUCGUCUUCAUCGGAAGAGACACUCCGCGAACUUGGACAUCUCAUGGACGAAUCCCAGAGGAGUUGCUCAGAGCUAUGCGACUCGUCCUGCCCUGAAGUGGAUUUGUUAUGUCGACUUGCGAAGGAGGCGGGGGCGUAUGGGAGUCGGAUUACUGGCGCGGGAUGGGGUGGAUGCACGGUCUCCCUCGUUGACGAAGCGCGUGUCCCUGAGUUUGUUGAGAAACUCAAGAAGUCGUACCCUCCGUACCACGGCCUGAAAGGUGAAGAGCUCUCUGAGGUCAUCUUUGCAACCAAACCCAGUAGCGGAGCGAGUGCUUAUAAGCUCUGAUUCAUGGUAUGAUCGCAGUACUGAUGACGCAAUUCCCUGAAGAGUCUGUAUUUAUAAUGACGAUAUAUCCAUUCAGAAUUGGAUCUCUGCCAAGC